AUGUCGCUGUCAAAUCCAGACCAUACAGCUGUGGUAUCAGAGUGCCGUGCGCUCUAUGAGGAAGUAUGGCAUACACCUUCACCGACUUUAGAACUGGCGCGGUCGCAACUGAUGAAGCCUGCAUCACCUUCCUUGACUCUCGAGGAGCGGACGCGACUCACAUACUUGAGAGCAAGAGCUUUGGCACGUGCAUACAACUUGACGUUGAAGGAUGUGGUAGACACUACCCCGAAGUUCUGGAAACUUCAUAUAGACAUGCUCACCGCGAUGGAUGGUGGCGCAAUCAACUUGGUCAGCGUUCAAUAUAAUCUUUUCGUCGGCACAGUUGCUCCUUUUGCUGCGACGCAACCCAAAUUGGAGUUGAUCGUACAGCAGGCAAUCAAUUUUGAUAUCUCGGCGCAGUUCAUGCUCACCGAGCUCGGACAUGGCUUAGAUGCCCGCAAUCUCGAAACAACCGCGACUCUUCUACCCGAUGGCGGCUUUGAGCUGCACACACCAACCCCGGCUGCUGCUAAUGGCCUCCCCGUUAUUGCAGUUGUAAUUGCCCGACUCAUGGUUGACGGAGAAGAUCGGGGAGUCCGACCAUUCCUCGUUCCAAUGUCAGAUGGUUCUAAGAUGUGUACGGGUGUCACCUCAAAAGCAUUUCCAACUCGUCCGGGUGCAAAUCCAAUUGACCACGCCUUGACCUACUUCAACCGCGUGCAGUUACCGUUCUCUGCCCUGCUUGGUAGACUGCAAGAGUCACGCAAUGAACGCGAUAACUUCUUAGCGACCAUCCACCGCAUGCCUGCAGGAACUCUCUUUUUGGCUGGUGGGUGUAUUCCACUCAUCAAAAUGGCGGUUCACAACUCCAGUAAAUUCAGUUUCCGGCGACACAUCCUUGGUCACGAUGGGCAGCCUAUGCCCGUGAUUGACUUCCGUACCCAGCAUCUUCCUAUCCUUCACGCGAUUGCGAGAGCCCAUGUCCUUCAAGCGUUUCUUAUUCAUGCUGGAAUGGGAUUUUGUGAUCAGAAGACUGAUCCGCGGGUCCGCCAUGCCUUCGCAACAGCGUUCAAAGCAGUCACAACUCAUCAUUUCCAGACCAGCCUCAAAUCUAUGAAUGAAGGCUGUGGCUGGCAUGGGUACUAUGACCGGAAUCAAAUCCUCCAGGCCGAGUUGGAAUUCCGUGCCAUUGCAACCGCUGAAGGUGAUGUUAGAGUUCUAGCUAUUCGGCUUGCCAGCGAGCUUCUCAUUGGCCGUUACCAGGUACCCCCGCCCAAGGACUCUAACUGUGCUCUAGCACGGCACGAGGCCGGCUUAUUUGCGGAGGCUCGGGAUUUGAUGAAGCUCUUUGGCAAUAAACAUCGGAGUGAGGCUUUCAACCGAACCAUUCUCCCUCUUGCUCUUCCAUUGGUUCAAGCCAUUGGAUAUCGCAUGGCGAUGGAGGCCGCUGUCGAGAUUGACAUUGACCCUAAGCUGCGGGCCUUAUAUCAAGCUGGAAUUAUCAAGGAAUGCUCCGCUUGGUUUUCUGAGCAGGGGGGGGCCUUAGUCGCCAAGAGCAGCGCCAGAUGGAGUCACAAGCGGCUGAUGCAGUGCUUCCAGAAUUACCAAGAUUGGUGGAAGAAACAGGGGUAG